AUGUCGGACGACGAAAUUGAUAUCGGCGGGGCGCUUUUCGAAGAGCCAGAAGGUUUCUUGCCGCCGCCACCCGAGUCGCAUUUUGUCGACUACGAAAGGGUCAAGGGCAAAGAAAACCCGAGCAAAAUCACCUUGAAGCUCGUUGGAAAAUCUCCAUUGUGGGGCCAUUUGCUUUGGAACGCCGGCAAGUACACGGCAAACUUCCUCGACGAGCAUGCUCUGGCCUUGGUGCAAGGGAAAAAAGUUUUGGAGCUCGGAGCAGCGGCCGGCUUGCCAUCUCUUGUGUGUGCCAUCAAUGGCGCCGAUACGGUGAUUUGCACAGACUACCCGGACCCGGACUUGCUAUCACACAUCCAAUACAAUGUGGACCACUGCGAGGGGAUCCCACAGGACACAAAAGUGAAGGUGCAAGGGUUUAUCUGGGGCCAGGAUGUGCGUUCGUUGUGCUACGAUGAAGCAGACGCGGAAACGCUUCCGGAAACAGUUGACGAAAAGGACAAGUUCGAUUUGGUGAUCUUGUCGGAUCUCGUGUUCAACCACACGGAGCAUGGGAAGUUGUUGAGCACGUGCAGACAGUCGAUGAAGAAGAACGGUGUGGCUCUUGUGGUUUUCAGCCCACACAGACCGUGGCUUUUGGAGCAAGAUUUGAACUUCUUCACCACGUGCGAAGAAUACGACUUGAAGGCCGAAAAAGUGGAGAUGGUCAACUGGGCGCCAAUGUUCGAGGAGGACGAUGAGACGGUGGAGAUCCGCUCUCGUGUGUACUGUUACAAGUUGCAUCCACAAUGGUGA